ACUAAUGGGAUUAUUGCAGUGAAUGAACCUUCAAAUGAAGAAGAGUAUCUUGGUCAAUUCCCAGUCAGUUUUGGGGCUAUAGCUCCCUUUAUGGCUGAUCUGGAUACAACAGAUGGACUUGGAAAUGUUUAUUACAGAGAGGAUUCCUCCCCAGAUGUCUUACAGCUUGCUUCAGACUACAUCAACGGAGGUUUCCCUGAGACCACGUUUGAUCCUAGCAGCGUUGUGGUGGUUACGUGGAAACUUGUGGCUCCUUACCAGGCACCCGGAGAAGAUGUUACUGUGAAAGAAAAGAGAAACACAUUCCAGGCUGUUUUAGCCUCUUCUGACUCCAGUUCCUAUGCUAUUUUCCUUUAUCCAGAAGAUAGUUUGCAGUUCUAUAGUACAUACUCCAAGAAUGAUGAUGAAAAGAGUCCUGCUAUAGUUGGCUUUAGUCAAGCCUCUACAAACUACUACUUUUGGGAAAAACCAGGAUCCUACAAUGUCAUUGCUAAUGAUGAAGAGGCCAUCAGAAACCUACAAAAAAGCAGCAAUGCUGGCAGGCAGGGCAUCUGGGUGUUCGAGAUUGGUAGCUCCUCUGACAGUAUUGUGCCUGCCAAGAUCAGCAGCAUUUUGGAGAACCUGGAGUCUAUUGAACAAGACCAAGAGAUGACUUCAAAACCAUUUAUGUCAGAUUAUGGCUCCACUGAAAUAAGGCAGGAACACAUAACUAGCACUAUGGACAGUAUAGAAGGAGACCAGCACCAUGUUACGUAUAGUGUUCCUCACCUAGCUGCAGAAGACUUUAUGACUUCAUACCAAGAUAUAACAGAAAUACCUUCAACUGAGUCUUUAUAUGGUCAGCAAGAUUUCCCAACAGCAAAAACUGCACCUCGCCAGUUCAAAGUCCAGCAGUUCCCCCCACAGCAGCCACAGGUCAUAGAUGUGGAAGAAUUUGAUGAAACGGGGAUAGUGUUCCGCUACCACACGGAUGGGCAACAGACSUGCGCGAACAGCCGCCACCAGUGCUCCGUCCACGCCGUCUGCAGGGACUAUCCGAAUGGGUUUUGYUGCAGCUGUAUUGCUGGCUACAAAGGAAAUGGCAGGCAAUGUGUAGCAGAAGGAUCUCCUCAGAGGGUCAAUGGGAAAGUCAAGGGAAGAAUCUUUGUGGGAAAUAACCCAGUUCCGGUUGUCUUUGAGAAUACUGACCUGCACUCCUACGUUGUGAUGAACCAGGGACGUGCCUACACUGCCAUCAGCACAAUCCCAGAGACGCUGGGGUAUUCUUUACUGCCUCUUGCCUCCAUUGGAGGUAUCAUAGGAUGGAUGUUUGCUGUGGAACAGGAAGGAUAUAAGAAUGGAUUCAGUGUUACUGGUGGUGAGUUUACGCGGCAAACUGAAGUAACUUUUCUCGGCAACAACGAGAAGAUGGUUAUCAAGCAGAAAUUCAGUGGAAUUGAUGAGCAUGGUCACCUUACCAUCAGCACGGAAAUGGAGGGCAGGAUACCUGAGAUUCCCUCUGGUUCAUCGGUCCACAUAGAACCGUACACUGAGCUCUAUCACACUUCCACUUCUGUGAUCACUUCCUCGUCCACCAGGGAGUACACGGUGACGGAGCCGGAAAGGGCCGGGGCAGCCUCCUCGUACACGGCCGCCUACCAGUGGCGACAGACCAUCUCCUUCGCCGAGUGCCUGCACGACGGCGCCCAGCACGCCGCUCCCGCCACSCAGCAGCUCUCCGUGGACAGCGUGUUUGUCCUCUACAACCGGGAGGAGCAGAUUCUGCGCUACGCCAUGAGUAACGCCAUCGGGCCCAUCAGCGAUGGUUCUGCUGAUAUUAACCGGAAUCCUUGCUACACUGGCACUCACAACUGUGACACCAACGCGAUAUGUCGCCCAGGAACAGGGAAUCAUUUCRUCUGCGAGUGUUCAAUUGGCUUCCGUGGAGAUGGGCAUGUUUGUUACGAUGUCGACGAGUGCGCGGAGCAGGCGGCGCCGUGCGGCAGCAACGCCGCGUGCAGCAACCAGCCGGGCAGCUACCGCUGCCACUGUGCCGAGGGCUUCCAGCUUGCCGCCGACGGGCACUCCUGUGCUGCUGUUGACUAUGCCAUAAACCACUGCGAGGCAGGCACGCACAACUGCGACGUUGCUCAGCGCGCCCAGUGCGUGUACACAGGAGGGGCCGCCUACAUCUGCUCCUGCCUGCCUGGCUUCUCUGGUGAUGGGCGAGUCUGUGAGGAUGUUGAUGAAUGUCAGCAGGGCCGCUGUCAUCCCGAUGCUCUCUGCUACAACACACCUGGUUCCUUCAGUUGCCACUGCAAGGCAGGUUAUCGUGGGGAUGGUUUCCGGUGUGUGUUAGGAGAAGUGGAGAAGACCAAAUGUCAGCAUGAACAAGAGCGAGCUCUUGCAAGUGGAGGCACUUUCUUCCCAAGAGUUGGCCAGUUCAUUCCCCARUGUGACGAGCAUGGGAGUUACCUCCCCACUCAGUGUCAUUCCAGCACAGGAUAUUGUUGGUGUGUGGAUAGGAAUGGGAAUGAAAUUGAUGGCACCAGAAGUGGCCCAGGAGUUCAGCCACCAUGCUUGAGCACAGCUGCUCCUCCUGUUGUUGUUGGGCCUUCCGUUCGACCAGAUACCAUACCUCUCCCCCCUGGAACACACUUGCUCUUUGCCCAAAGUGGGAAAAUUGAACAUGUUCCCUUAGAGGGAAACAACAUGAAGAAAAAUGGAGCAAAAGCACUCUUGCAUAUUCCAGACAAAGUUAUUAUUGGGGUUGCAUAUGACUGCAUGGAGAAGAUGGUUUACUGGACAGACAUCAGUGGCCCUUCGAUCAGCAGAGCUAGCUUACAUGGUGGAGAGCCAACAACCAUCAUCAAAACAGACUUGGGAAGCCCUGAAGGAAUAGCUCUGGACCAUCUAGGUCGCAACAUCUUCUGGACAGACUCUCAACUUGACAGAAUAGAAGUGGCUAAGCUGGAUGGUCGUCAGCGUCGCGUYCUCUUUGACACUGGCCUGGUGAACCCUAGAGCAAUUGUAGCAGAUCCUGUGAGAGGAAACUUGUAUUGGACUGACUGGAACAGAGAAGCUCCAAAAAUUGAAACCUCCUACAUGGAUGGCACGAACAGAAGAAUUCUUGUUAAAGAUGAUCUGGGGUUACCAAAUGGGCUGACAUUUGAUACUUAUUCCUCAAUGUUGUGCUGGGUAGAUGCAGGCACCAAGAGACUGGAAUGCAUGAACCCUAAUCAGCUUGGUCGACGAAAGAUUGUUGAAGGAAUUCAGUAUCCUUUCAGUGUUACAAGUUAUGGGAAGAAUUUAUACUACACAGACUGGAGAAGGGAUGCUGUUGUAGCUGUGGAUCGCUCGGUUUCGAUAGAAAAUGAUAACUUCCAGCCUCACAAGCGCUCUCGUCUCUAUGGAAUCACUACAGCCUUUGCACAGUGCCCAGGAGGACAUAACUAUUGCACGGUGAAUAACGGCGGCUGUACCCACCUCUGCCUGGCCACCCCGGGAGGCCGCUCUUGCCGCUGCCCUGACAACACCGUUGGAGUGGACUGCAUAGAAAGAAACUGAGCGUCCCAACAAGCUAGAGCUGCRGACUCCUGGAAACGUACUGUAAAUACUUCACUCCUGUCAGCACAAUCAGACCCUAAAGAGAAGUGCUCCAAGAGGCCGCAACAGAGACAUGCAGCCACACACGCUAGCAAUAACCUCUUUGUAUGAGUUAAGCAAGACUGGGCUGCCCAGGUUGGGUCCAGCUGCUUCUUGUUUCUAGUGAUUGUCUCCUUGCUUUUAAGGAUGAUUGUGGGGCCUAGUUGCACUUGUGCUGGGCUAGAAGGUAGUAUCUCUUGGCAAAAGUAAAGUGCAGAAUAGAGAGAGAAUGAUGUGACUCAGUCCCAAGACUGGCAGUUCAUCAGCACAGGGGCAAGCUUAGCCCAGCACAAGUGCAGCUGGGCCACAGCUUUAGCUGAGAAACAACCAUGGGAUCCAAGGAUGAAUAGAUGUGGGUGAGAAUACCUAAUAACAACACACAUCUAAUAUCUAACUGCAUUUGUUCCACUGUCAGCAUGUGCCAAUUUUCAAAAUCAAAGCUUGCCUUCUCACUCUUUUGAUUGCAACAGAAGUGCCUUACCCAUUUGCUGACAGGGUACACUGUUUUUGAAGAGGUGUUUUUUUUUUUCUUUUCUCUCUUUUUUCUCUCUCUGGUGGAUACAGGUUCUGGAGUACUUUCCUAAAAUGCACAGAACAAAUUUUAGAUAUGAAUAUCAAUUGUUGAUUGUUUGUCAAAGAUUGGAUGUUGAUUCAUUUGAAGCCUUUUUUAAUUUUUAUUUCUUUUUAUUUUUUUAAGAGAUAGAGGCACAUUUCUUUGCAUCCUGAGGAUUUUUGAAUAAUAUUUUUAUGUUUCAUCCUAUAUUAUAAGCCUGAAAGUGAUCUUUGAAUCUCAUCCUGAAAAGUUUUUUAUUAUCAUUAUGGAGUCUGGAGYGGGAAGGAAAAAUGAAAAAUGAAAAUGCACAUUCUUAUAUCAAAAUAGUGGUAUGUAACUGGGAGAGAAGUUAAACUUCCAUCCUAUGUGUUGGGAGGGCAGCUUACCUGCAACAGCAGACCAAAACAGAACACUACCCUUUGCAGUCUGAUGACUUGAGCAGUUAGCUACUAACAUCCCCAUUUCCCCUCUUCAAACACUACAGUCSCUGGGCAAUUCUCCUGUAGGUCUUCACAUCAUAAACAGAGAUAACUCUGGGUCUUAAACAUGUGACAAUUUUCUCUUUAAUUAUAUAUUUAUCAUAAAAGGUAACGAACUAUACAGAACAUUUAAAAAUUCUUUUAUAUAACUUUUUAAACAACUGUUAAUUCAUUUUAUUCAUACACUUAAUCAGGUAUGUCUUACUGUAAAUAUCAAAAAUACAUUGAAAUGAAAGGUGCUUGAUAACUCUUUCUCCAGAAUUAUUUGCAUAUCUGGUGAAACACUGAAGUUUACACUCUGUACAGGUAUCUGUAGUACAGGCAAUAAAGAUUUUUUU